AUGGACAGGGCAACAACGGUUUCCGAUGCGCUAAAGCGUCAACGCUUACUAGCUGCUCAGGCUAUACGAAAAGCCAACGACAUUAGCCCACAAACGGUUCGCCAGAUCCGUGAGCAAUGUUCCCCAGCAGCGCAGGGUACCAGCACUUCACUGUACGCAUCACCGACGGCGAGCAAUAUAUCAUCACCGCAGCAAAAAUCUCUGAACAUAACAGAACUAGAAGAGGAGAAAACCAUCCAUAUGGCUACUACACCGAGGAAGUUUACAUUUGAGCCGGAAGAAAUCACAGCACGUUCCACCAUGAGUCAGCAACCCCUUGCAACCACCAACAUGGGCAAAACAAAUCCGACCAAAUUCUUAACCGCUGGUAUUGAAGAAAUACUAGCAUCUAGCUUUGCCGAUAACAUAAGAUGUAUGGGGCUAUCGCUGCGUGAAACGGCCGCUAGUGUGCAUGCAGAUUUCGAAGGUGGGAGUCAAUUGGCAAAUAUGAGCCUGCCUCGUACGGCGGACAUGAGUAAAAUGUCCUGUGACUCACUUUCCUCCCUACCGCCCGGAGUACGAUCGUCAAUGGACAGAAAGGAGGCAGGAACGGGAAAACUAGGACAGUCGAAUAAAGACCCGUGGGAAAUUUCGCAACCUGCAUUCGAAAGCAGCUGGAUGAAGGACAAAAUUAAUGAGUUAAGUCAGAUGGAAGAGGCCAGCUUUCGAUCCGGAGACCAUAUGGCAUCUAGGUUGCUCGAGGAUGAGAUGGCCUGGGAGCAGGAGAAUGCGGACAUUCCGGAAAUGAACGCCAAGCGACGACAGAUUAGCCCGAUUAAAGGUACACGUAAGCCGCAGCUGAAGGAUCACGUCGACUUUUCCUGCUUUUCCGGCUAUCUAGCUCAGGAGGAUGACGAAUCACGCAUUUACAAUCAUAAUUCGACAAAUAACGAAGCCAGUGUCUGCUCCGUGGGACAUUACUUUAACAAAAUGUCCGAUAAUCUGAACGAUAUGGUUGGAGGGGAACAUAGUCCACCUCAGCGAAGGCCCUUACCAUUGAUAGACGUUACUAAUGAUAUAGAGAGCCCAAAAAGUCCUACGAAGGUUUACGGUGGAUCCAAAGCAGUACAAUCUGGGGGCAAAGAAAACAAAGAGAAUUCGUUGAGCGUUUCGUGCAUCGUAAAAGCUAUAACAUCGAUAGAUCUGGAGGACUCACCGCACAACUUUAUUCACAAACUGAAGCAAGUGCAGCGCACAAAAUCCGAACAACUUGCUACAUCUACGGGCGGCAGGGAGCAGAAUAUUAUCGCAGCUUUGCCAAAAGCAAACAGUGAUCUAUCUGUAGGCAUUCACGCUUCGCAUCCCACCAGAGCAAAGCAACCGAGAUGCUCAUCGGAUCAUUCUGCUGGGUUCCAACAACAUUCCCGACCAACACCAAACAAUCAACAGUCCGACACGCUCAGUUUUUCUGAAUCGAUGUUUGACGAUUCGUCCUCUACUAUGCCCGUUUUGUCACAUUCCAAAACAUCCAGCCUGAAGGCAGCGGAAACUGGAGUCAGCCAACGGUCAUGGCAAAAUGAUGAAACGGAACCGAUUACACCGUUGCCGGAAAUAAAAAAGAAAGCGCUGGUCGCAGCAGAUACGUUUCGGGUGUCGACGGCAACCAAACUCUCGGAAGAGCAUAUGGAUCUUCCAUCGAUUCCACGCAUUCAAGAUACACCACCGGCAUGCCAGAAGAAUAUAUUUGAUGAUCGUCCAAUUGGCAAACAGAAUCGCAAGCGUCGUUCGAACUCGACAACGCGCCAAGAAUUGGUAGAAGGAAAACGAGACGAACUCGCUGUUAUUUCAUCGAACUUACGCUCAAAAUCGCCUUCAAAUAGGGCCGAGCUAAAAGCCGUUAGUGCUACUUCUUACGAGCAACAAGCGCUUCAAGGUAAGAAAUCCGGAUCGAAUGUUUCCUAUCAAACGACGCCCAAAAUUUCACACCUAAGGAAACCGGCACCAUCACAGGUGGCCUUUUCGCGUGAAACUGCACGUAAAUCGUAUCUUUCACCUGAACCACGCGUAGCAAGCCGUUCGCCGUAUUCAUCGCCAAAGGGGAGAGAUGCGGGACGAUCAUCGGAAGGCUACGACGAUGUAGCGGACAAGUACAGUCUGCGUGUGCCAGGAGCUCUUGCACCGUCCCGUUCGGCUUCACAGUGCUCGGGCAGCACGGAAUGGAUUCACCGGAGCGAAGGAACACUCCCGCUGAAGGCAACGCACAGCGAACUGUCCUGGGGUAGCACAAGAUUGCGCAAGAGUGAGAAAAAAACGAUGCAAAUUAAAAACACUUCCAACCGUAAGCUGCUGGUAAAGGCGAUCAUUGUCGGUCCGGGAUUUCAACUCUGUGGCACGGAGCAGAGCGGACUGCUGACGCUGCAGAGCCAGGAAUGUCGUACAAUUACGGUUGAUUUUUGUCCUACUGUUAUUGGGCCAGCCAUUGGGGCACUUUCGUUUCAUCCUCCGAACGAUAUGUACAUCCAGCGGGUAGUGAGCCUGUACGGGUACGGUGGAGAAGCAUCGAUCAAAAUCGAGGGCAUACAGAAAGGCCCAAGCGGUCCAUUUUUGGAGCUUGGAAGUGCGCGCAAUCUAGGCCGCCCGCUGGAGAAAAGCUUUUCGUUGUACAACAAGGGUAGCUUGCCGGCGUUCGCGCGCAUCGGCAUCGAUAAGAAGGGGCUCGAUCAGGCACUGCUAGCAACGGCAGUUUACGUGCAACCCCAGCGCACAAUCAUUCCACCGAACAGCUACGCACACAUCAAGGUCGUGUUUAAACCACGUCGGCAAGAAAUAGCCAAAAUCUUGCAAAAACAGGUCGAAGUACUAUCGAUCACCAAUUUGCACAUUCUUUGGGGCGAUGAACCGACGCGCCACCGUAUCCGUAAAAACAUUACGCUAGCGAAACAGAACAAACUGGUCGAUCCGAAGAUGGGUGCGCUGGAAUCGAUCUGCAAUCCGUUCACCGAGGAAGAGGAUGAACUGGAUGGGCUAGAUGCGUUCUGCGAGCAUGUGUUUGAUACCAUUCACGAACUGUUUCUCACCUUCCGGGAGUACGAGCUGGUGCUAACGGUGGACCGUGCACUCGACGAUACGAUGCUUGACCUGUCGAUGGCGGACGGUAAUACGACGCUUUUUAAGACAAUGUACGCUAGCUCAGAGGUAGGAUCGUCGCCAAGGCUCGCAGACGACAUGAUAUCGCCAGCCGUAUCGGGAGGAUGCCCUGGACAGUCGCAGGAGCAUGUAGCAACUGCUCCACUGGUGGCUGUCACCAGUAGUGCAAGUGCACCGGCGGGAAUCUAUAAGCGAGAUAGUGGCGAAUCUUGGUCCGUUCGACCAACGGUGCUGGAGUUUUACCCGUCCACCGAGCGAACGAAGCAGUUUGUGAUUAAGAGCAACUUCUACACGGCGCAGUACUUUGAGCUAAACUCCAACUAUCGACAGCUGUUCCGGCUGUCCCCGUGCGAGGGCCACAUUCGACCCGGUCAGGAGGUGGUAGUUAAUGUAUCUCUGCAGCAUCUUCAACCGAUCGGGACCAUCAGUACCAAUCAGCAGCAACCGUCCAUUUUUGUAGUUGUAUACAUAGAGAACGAAAAGAUCAGCAUCCCCGUGCUGAUACAUUACGGUCAUUAA